AUGGCUUCAUCAUCCCCAUCAAAGAUUGCACUGACAGGGUCGCCAGAUUCUGGGGCCGCCGUUCGCACACCUACCGAUGGAAGCACAAAGAAAGCGAAUGAAUUACUACAACAAAACCACGAUAACUUCCAUAUCUUCUGGGACUUCGAAGAUCGUCUACAUAACCACGUGGCCCACCAUCUUCUCUCGGUCUAUGCCCUCGGAGCCACAGCCGAAGAACUCCAAUUCGCAUACGACACCAAUGUCAAAACUCAGAUCCCUAUCGGGGACAAAAAGCCUCCAGUGCUUCGAGAUAUCUCCAACUCGGACGACUGGGGGAAAUACCUAGCAGACGCCGAAAAUUAUGCCACUUUUCUCCAAUACUUCCAGGAUUCUAUCGAAAAGAUUGGAUGGCAGGAGACGAUCAAGAAGUAUAUCUUUUCUGAAAAGGCGGUAGCGGAUGGAAUGCCUGAGCGGCUUGUCGCCGGUUUUCUUCAUCCUUGGAUUCAUGUUGGUUAUGGAGUCGAAUUCGAGCAGCCUGCGAUUAUUGCCGAGGGACUUGCACAGACAGCUGUGCACGAUGACUGGCCAGGGAAGUACUUGAAGGCAUGCAUGGCAGCGGCAACUGCAGCUUCAUCUAAGAACGUAGAGUAUGGAAACGGUACAACGAUAACUUCGCUCUUCAAUGAGGCGCAUGGAUCCGAGAAGCUCAGAAAAUCCACAAAAUGGUCUGACCCGCAGAAGAAUAAGGCCGUCUAUGCCAACGCCCUUGAAGAAAUGGUCGCACUUGCCUCAAAGUGGUACAUUCCACCAACUGCUAGCGACGAAGCCAUCGCUAGAGCAUCGGCGGAACUGGCGUCUGCGGCUGCAUUUAUUUGUUCGGCCACUCCUAGGUUGGAUAAAAAGGUCAAAUUCGACUUCUUCCUUAUGCAUACCGUUACCAGUAGUGUAUUCUUGGACGUUUGGGUCCGACAGAAAUGGCUUGGCAACGCCGAGAAAUCGGUCUUAAUCAACUACUUUGGCUGGAUGGUGGUUAAUAUGUAUGUCUCGAGGGGAUGCGCGGAUAUCAAUUUUGAUCAAGUAAAGAAUUACAAACCGAGGAAGAGGGACAGCCAAUGGGCUGAUGUGGCCGCUAGGGCUACUCGUUUGAAGGACGACGGACAUGUUAGCAAGACGGUGCGUGCUCUGGUAAACGCGGAGAAAGUUUCCCAACAGUACGACAAAACUCAGGGAUUUGAAGUUGGAACGGGCUUAUACUUGAAAAUUGCAGAGAUGGCACUUGAUGCGGCAGAGGAACAGGAGCAAAGCAAUGGGGAGGAGCCACUUUGGGUGAGGAGCACUGGACAUCCUGAAGCGUGGGCCAAGGUUGGGCCCAGAGUCGAGUAUACUGCCGAGUCUUCGAAGGAGUAA